AGACAUAAUUUAUCUUCACCUAGGAUGAAAGUUAUCUACCUUUGUGUAAAUAGAUGUCAGCACUGUCCUGUGUAUUAGUUGUGAUUAUUAGUCAAAAUUAUUUCUUCAUUACGUUGUAACAUUAUAUAUCAAAAUGUCUUGGGGUGGUCCACCCCAACAACAAUACGGAGGAUAUGGUGCACCUCCACCUCAACAAGGACCAGGUGCUCCUCCGUCUUACUCACAGGCCCCACCACCUAACAGAGGACAAAUUUAUGGUCAACCACCUCCUCAACAACAGUAUGGACAACCCCCACCCCAGGGCUACCAGCCACAAGGUUACCAACAACCACCUGCAUCAUAUGGUCAACCAGGUGGCUACCAGCAGGGUGCCUAUGGUGGAGGAGCUCCACCACAAGGAGGAGGAUAUGGACCUCCAGGGGGAUAUGGAGCACCUGCUCCACCACCAGGUGUUAGUCAAGAGUUAUGGAAUUGGUUUCAGGCAGUUGAUCAAGAUCGUUCGGGUAAAAUUACGGCUAUUGAACUACGGCAAGCCUUAAUGAACGGGAAUAGUACACCUUUUAAUGAAGAAACUUGCCGUCUAAUGGUUGGGAUGUUUGAUAAGAGCAAAGAUGGUACAAUUGAUAUCAAUGAAUUUGCUGCUUUGUGGAAAUAUGUACAAGAUUGGAAAGGAUGCUUUGAAAGAUUUGAUACAGAUAGAUCGGGUAACAUUGACGCUCAGGAGCUAGGCAAUGCAUUCAGAACAUUUGGUUAUAAUUUGUCACCUCAAUUUGGUGACAGUGUGAUCCGAGUGUUUGACAGAAGAGGAAUGAGGACCAUUAAUUUUGACGAUUUUAUUCAAGCUUGUGUAAUGUUAAAGACAUUAACAGAUAAAUUCCGAGUGAAGGACACCCAGCAAAGAGGAGUUAUUAACAUAGGUUAUGAAGAGUUUUUAGAGAUGGUUCUAGACAAUACUAUUAUGGCUGUGAAGUGAAGAAGAAAGGAAAUGAUAGGGACAAUCAAAUAAAUUACGACACUUUCCUUCCUAUACUGGAGACAGUUAAACUUUCUGAUGACCAAAGUGACAAGCGUAACAUAUCAUUUGUGUUAUAUUUUAUUUUUAAAAGUAUAUGUCAGCUGGUUACAUGUGAUCCUGUGUCCAUACUUUCUUUACAAGGAUCUGACAACGCUCCAUUAUUCUUCCUUUUCUUGUAAUUAUUACAAAAUCCAAUUAGAUUACUGCUGCCAAAUUUUUAAGGAGGUGUUGUAUGAUGAUACAUCAUGAGGAUCUUGG